UCGAAAAAACUGCUAAAACCCUAAAACGCUUACAACUGCGUUGGAGUCUCUGUACUGUUACUAUUUCGAUCCCUUAGAAGUCCUACAACAAUGGCUACCGUUUCAUUGGAUGAAGAAACAACAAAGAAAGUCCUUCGUCAGGUGGAGUUUUACUUCAGCGAUAGCAAUCUUCCGAGAGAUGGUUUCUUGAAGAAAUCGAUCAAUGAGAGCGAAGAUGGAAUGGUUAGCUUGGCGUUGAUAUGCUCGUUCUCUCGGAUGAAAUCUCAUCUCGGCCUAGGGGAUGCGAAGCCGGAAGAUGUGUCCGAGGAUGUAGUGAAGUCUGUGGCUGAAGUCCUCAGGAAAUCUACUUUUCUUAAAAUUUCUGAAGAUGGUAAGCAGGUUGGAAGGGCUACUGAACUUGGGAAGCCAGAAGAGGUUAUGGAGCAAAUAGAUAUAAGAACAAUUGCUGCUGGACCUCUUGAGUAUAAUGUGAAGCUUGAAGAUGUGGAAUCCUUCUUUAGUCAAUAUGGAAAGGUAAAUAGUGUUAGGCUUCCUCGUAAUGUUGCUGACAAGAGGUACUUUUGUGGUGAAGCUCUGAUUGAGUUCUCUACAGAGGAAGAUGCUGAAAAUGUUUUAAAAAAAGAAUUGGUUUAUGCAGGAGCAGAGUUAGAACUAAAACCAAAGAAGGAUUUUGAUGCUGAAAGGGCAAAAAUGCUUGAAGAAUUUGAGAAUUCUCAUUCGUCCACUGGUUCAAACAGUAGGAACAGUUCAGGUUUGAAUUCAAACUAUCCCAAAGGCUUAAUUGUAGCAUUUAAAUUGAAGCGUUUGCCGACCGAAGAAUCUGCAGAAAAAAAUGGUAUUCAUGAGACAACAGAUAAUAACGAAGAUACAUGCAAGUCAAGCAAGGAAUCAGAUUCAGCAGAAAAAUUUCCUAAAGAAAGUGAGAAAGAGGUCUCAGAAAAUGUUGAAGAUAUUGAAAAAGAACCAAUCAAUAAUACCGAGCAGGAUAUCGGAGAAAAAGUUGGUGAGGAAACUACUGAAGAGCGUGAAGAAAACGAGACUGAAGAAGCUGUCCAUGAGAAUGAAGAAGGAUCUCCUGAAGACACUCGUAAAAAAGGCGAAGAUAAGGCAACAGUUGGAGGAAAAUAUAAUGCUGCUAUGUGCAAGGAAAAUAAGGACAUCGUAAUGCGUGAGGAUUUAAAGGAUGUAUUUCAGAGAUUUGGCACGGUUAAGUUUGUUGAUUACAGAAUUGGGGAAGAGUCAGGGUACAUUCGAUUUGAAGAGCCAGAAGCAGCUCAGAAAGCUCGUGCUGCGGCUGUGCUCGUUGAGCAAGGUGGUCUGGUCGUGAAGAACUUUGUCGCUACCUUGGAACCUGUAACUGGUGAUGCUGAAAAGGAAUACUGGAGCCUACUCCGUGGUAAUAAGGACAGGUUCAGGGAUAGUAGAGGGAAUCGAGGAAGGGGAGGUAAACACAAUAGAGGUGGGAGGCAUUUUGGAGGUAAGCAUUCUCGCUCGAAAGAAAAUAACGUCGGCCGACCAAAUAAAGCUCAGAAAGUAGCUGCUGCUUGAGUGUCUAUUCGUCAAAAGAUGCCGCAAAUUCUCAUGAGAAUGCAUGGGCAGCCUUCUACAAGCUAAAUUUUGUUUUUUCCAUUACCUAGUGUCAAUGAGCGUUAUAUUCUGCUCCUUAUAAUGGGCAUAAUAUUCAGUUCAUCAGAAAAACAAAACUGCUGUAGUAUUA